AUGUCUUCGGCAGAACAGUACAUCAGGACAGAGUUCCCCGUCAUCGACUCGGAUCCCCACUUCAACCGUGUCAUCAGCUACAUGCGCGGUUCCGACGUCGUCGCCUGGGGUGGUUUGACCGCCGCUGCUCCUGCCGCCCUCUUGGCUCUCGAGCGUGUCCGUCCCGCUGCCGGACCCAAGGGAAUCAACUUUGCUUUGGGUCUUGCUACCGCCAUGGGCUUCAUGGGCGGCUUCCUCUACUCCUACCAGAAGUCGAGCCUCCGUUUCUGGGGCUGGGAAGAGAACGCCAGGGAGCAGGUUAUGAACCGCAAGGAGAUGGAUGCCCGUGCUGCUGCUGGCCUCCCUGCCUACGGCGAGCCAACAAUGGACGAGGCUGCCCAGGCUGCCGCUGCCAGAAACUCCAAGUUUGCCGCUCUCAAGUUCGCUGCUAUUCCUUGGUUCAACACCACCAACCACAAAUAUCACCUUGCCGAUACCACCCCCAACAAAAGCGAGUAA